AUGGGUACCACCAAGCCGCGUCCGUCCGGAAAGAAUUCUGCCGCGCAAACGCAAUCCCUUCCAGACAAGACCUUCAUCAUUGAUAAUGGGGCGUACACAAUCAAAGCAGGCUAUGCUCCGGGCUCGUCGCCUCUGAACGAAGAAGAAGAAGCUGCCUCGGCUUGUACCGCUAUACCAAACGCGAUUGCUAAAACCCGCGGAAAUCGAAUCUACGUCGGGGCGCAGAUUGGCACAAACAUUACAGACUGCAAUGAAAUGCUGUUUAGGCGGCCCGUGGAAAAAGGAUAUACUGUGAAUUGGGAAGCGCAGAAAGAAAUAUGGGAGAACUCGUUUUUCGAUGAGAAAACUGUGCGGACCCAGGAGUUGCGCGUCGCGGACCCUGAAGAUGUGACUCUGAUAUUCGCGGAGGCCCCGAAUGCUUUACCGGCGCUGCAAAAGAAUGCGGAUGAAAUCAUCAUGGAAGAAUGGGGAUUUGGGGGGUACGUGAGAUGCAUUGGCCCGUCAUUGAAUGCCUGGACCGAGAUUCAGUUGUUAUUUGAAGACCCGGUUUCACAAACGCCUAGUUCAACCGCCUCUCCUAACGAAUGCCUCCUGGUGGUCGACUCCGGCUAUUCCCACACAACCAUUACCCCGGUUUACAAAGGACAGCCCCUUCAACGUGGGAUUCGAAGACUCGACCUCGGCGGCAGACAUUUGACAAAUUACCUCAAAGAACUGGUAUCAAUGAGGCAGUAUAAUAUGGUAGAUGAGACAUACAUAAUGAAUGAAGUGAAGGAGUCGGUUUGUUUUGUGAGCAAUGAAUUUGGUAGUGAUUUGGAGCGGACUUGGAAGGGAAAUCGCAAGCGUGGACAACCUGAUUCUGGAGAAAGCGUGGUGGUUGACUAUGUCUUGCCCGAUCCGAAUGGAGGCAGGAGGGGAUUUAUGCGCCCUCACGACCCUCUAUUGGGUUCUAAAAAGAGAAAAGCUGUCCUCGCCGGCGCUAGCGCGGAGCAGCUUUCCGAAGAUGUUUUGGUCCUUGGUAACGAGCGCUUUACUGUUCCAGAAAUUUUAUUUACCCCUAGCGAUAUUGGCAUGAAAUCGGCCGGUAUACCUGAUAUAAUCUUGCAGAGCCUCUCAGUGCUGCCGAGCGGGCUACACCCAGCCUUCUUGGCCAACGUCUUGGUGGUUGGGGGCAACUCCCUCCUUUCUGGUUUUAUGGAAAGGCUGGAAACUGAGUUGCGCCAGAUUGCCUCCGCAGAAUGUGUUGUUAGGGUUCGGCGACCUAAGGAUCCGAUUCGCUCCACUUGGGUCGGGGCAUCCCGUCUCGCAACUAAUAAAGAGGAGCUCAAGAAAAUCGCGAUUACUCGCCAGGAGUAUCAAGAGAACGGAUCUGCAUGGGCAGGCCGGAAGUUCUCUGGUGCUCUAUAA